AUGCUUACCUUUGGCCUACUCGCCCUUUUGCAGACGUCAAUCGGCACAGGCUACGAUUUAGCCAACGCCAUCUUCUCCCCCGACGGUCGAAAUUUCCAAGUCGAAUAUGCCAUCAAAGCGGUGGAGAACGGCGGCACCACUGUCGGCAUUCGAUGCAAGGACGGCGUUGUGCUUGCUGUCGAGAAGAUCGUUAGCUCCAAGCUCCUCAAAGCCGGCGCCAACAAGCGAAUCGCGACAGUAGAUAGGCAUGUCGGUGUUGCCUUUUCCGGUAUGAUUCCUGAUGGCAGGCACUUCAUCUCCCGUGCCCGCGACGAGGCCGUUUCCUGGCGCGACCUGUACAAAUCCCCCAUCCCCACCAAUAUUCUCGCCUCCCGCAUGGGUUCCUAUCUACAAGCCUACACCUGCCACUCCUACGUCCGCCCCUUCGGCAUCACCGCCGUCAUUGCCGGCUUCGACCCCGAACAUGAGCUCCCCGUCGACGGCGAGGUUGGCGCCGGCCCCUCUUGCGGCGCCGGUGGCAAGGUAGAGGGCAAGAAACACGGCGGUCCCUUCCUCUACAUGAUUGAGCCCUCUGGACUCUACUGGGGAUACUACGGUGCUGCGACGGGUAAGGGUCGCCAGGCGGCCAAGGCCGAGCUGGAGAAGCUAGAUCUCGCCGCCGGAACCUUGACCCUAGAACAGGCUGUCAAAGAGGCGGCGAGAAUCAUCCACAAGAGCCACGGAGAGGAGAAUGCGAAGGACUACGAGAUUGAGAUGACUUGGAUCAGUGGCCUUGAUGGUCCUACCAAGGGUAGGCAUGUUGAGGUUCCCGAGGAGUUGAAGGAGGAGGCCCUGAGGCUAGCUAAGGAGGCGGAGGAUGAGGAGGAAUAA